AGAGAGAGAGAGAGAGAGAGAGAGAGAGAGAAAGAAAGAGUGAGAGCGAGGGCGAGGGCGAGUGCGAGAGAGAGAGAGUUGAGUUGUGGAAAAAAAGCCUAGCAGUGAACACACACUCUGCUCUCUGCUCUCUGCUCCACAGGAUUAUCUAACUGCUGAUUAAGAUCUGCUAGAAAGAGUGCAUGCUGGCAUGAAUAGGGCUGGGUGUAGUAGUGUCAGUACCAGCAGCCAACCCCAGUGAUGGACUACAGGCGGACAGACGCUAACCUCGACCUGGCUCCUGCUAUUCUCUCACAGUCCCACUCUCCUCCUAACUGAGACCAGCUCCACAGAAUGCUGAGUCCUAUUGUCCCCUAUAGCCUGUAUAAGAUGCACUGGAACCCGGAGCAUGCCCAGUCUCUCAGCCAGUGGCCUGAGCAGCACCUGGAUGUGUCCUCCACCACCUCCUCCCCGGCCCACAAGUCCGAGCUGUACGCCGCUGGCCGCACCCACGGCCGAGGAGGCUACGCCUGGGCCAAUGACGACAUUGGUGCCCUAACCGCCUCCAAUCUGCUAAAGAGCUAUGCAGAGAAGUACUCUGGUGUUCUAGACUCACCCUACAACCGUCCACCGGGGCCCGCUGUAGGGGCCUACCCAGAGCCAGGGGCCUUCGGGGGCCUCAAUGGCCUCAAGACUGAGCUGGAGCCCUGGCCCCUGAGCCACAGUGCGGAGGGGCCCUACCCCGUGUCCCUGGAUGGUCUGCCAGGCCCCAAGGCUGGGGCCACAUCAGCAGGGCCCCCAGGUGCCAGCAGUGUGUCAGUGGUCAACAGUAACCUCUCAGACUCUGGAUAUAGUGGUAGCAGCUCCUGCUCUGGGUCUCACUCCGGUGACUACAACCCCCCCAGCUACAACGGUACCUACCUCUCGUCUGGGUACUGCCCCGGGCCCCUGCCUGGCUCAGCACUUCCCCCCGCCUCCCUCCACCACUCCCUCCAGCCCACGCCCACCCUGGUGCCCAGCUACUCACCCUCCACCCAAGUUUACAACUAUCCGCCAACCAGCUACCCCCACCAGCCCAGCCUGGCCCCCACUUACAGCCACCCCUCUGCAGGGUACUUACACUCCGGGCUGGCCGCCCCUACUCCUCUCCCCUCCCGGCCCACCGUAGUCGGGGGUAGCUACAGCUACCAGGAGUCUGGAAGUGGGGUGAAGAGGAAGGCAUUUGACAUGUCAUUGGAAGAGGAGGGGGAAGGUUCUCGAUACAGGAAGUAUUCAGGCUACGACCCAAUGAAGUCCGGAGGAGGAGGGGACUCUCUCUCUCCCUACAGCAUGGGGGAUAAAGGAAACAUCAGAUUCACCACAGGCAGCACAGAUCCCCUGGCAUUUAAGCCCAGUAAGCCCUCCUCCCAGCCCCUGGUGUCCCCUCCCUAUAUGGUGGCUGUAGCAGGUGAAAACAGCCCGGCAGCAGGGAUGACUGGAGAGAACGGAGGAGGAGGGGGGUCAGAAAACCAGGUCUUCUCCCACUCCCAGCAGCAACAGCAGCAGCACCGCUCCUCCCAGGCUCACAACCAGAAACGCCCCUCCCUCCACGGCCAACCUGGGUCUGGACCAGGGGAGACAGCCAGCAUGAAGAGUCCAGACCCCAUGGUUCUGGAUCUAGUCAACGGGGAAGUGCUGGAUUGCAGCCCGGCCCUGCUAUGGGGGGAGCUGGCUGGGCUGACCCACGUCAAGGCUGCCCUGGAGGAGGAGCUGUUGUGGCCCUGUCUAAGGCCCAGCCCUGCCAUCCUACCCCCAGCCACCGUGCUGCUGUUCGGCCCCCGGGGAAGCGGGAAGACCACUCUGGCCCGCUCCAUGGCCGCCCAGCUGGGGGCCUCCUUCUAUAGGCUCAGCGGGGCCAUGUUAGCUUCUAAAGGCAAGGUGGAUGCCGAGGGGAUCCUGGGGGCCACGCUGCAGGUGGCUGGGGCGAGACAGCCUUCUGUUGUGCUGCUCAGUGAAGUGGAGGCUCUGGAGGAUGAGGAGGGGCUGAGGCAGGUGUUGCUAUCCGCCCUGGAGAAGGCCCAGAUGGGGUUAGGGUCGGCGGGGGGAGCCCCUGGGCUGGUGAUCGUAGUGUGUACCACUGGCAGGCCAGACCUGCUCCAGGAUACGGUGCAUCGGAGCUUCGCCAAGCACUACCACGUGGGUCUGCCAGAUGCGGGGAUGCGGAGACAGGUGCUGUUGCAGGCGCUAGUGCCCCAGGGAUGUUCUCUCAGUGACAGGGAGCUGGGGGCUGUACUGCAGCGGUCAGAGGGGUUCUCUGUGUGGGAGCUGCUGCAGCUCUGCCAGCAGGCCCUAUCCUCAGCAUCCACCUCGGGCCCUCAGGGGCCCUUACACAGCCUUUCAGGACAGGCUACGGGACCCCCAGCCCUCAAAGACUUUGAGAACGCCUUCUGCAAGGUGCGUCCGCAGUCAAACGCCACCCCGAAAGAACUGGACACUUGUAUGGAGUGGAGCAAGGUGUACAGCCACUGAGAAGGCAGGAAGGCAGGGAGACAGCCACUGUAUGUAAUAUAAUGUAGGAGACUGUGAAUGUAAACCCUGUCUUCACUUUUGACAUGAUGACAAGUCUUGGGAAUGUUUUACUGUUUAGUUUUUUUGCAAUUACUUAUUAUUAUGCAACCAAAGGUGUUAGAUUGUCAAGAUCGAAGGUUUGGGAGAGAUGAGAAGCAGAUUUAACAUAGGUUUCUCUGGUUAGCAUGCUGAUGUUUCUAAUUAAAUAUACAUAUACUUUAUUUUUCCCAAAGAAAAAGAUAGAUGAUGCCUUUGUGGACGGGGCAGUGUAUUACAGUAGUAGUUGAACCUAUAUGGUGGGAUAACUGCAUCAUUGGAGAUGACUUCUCAAAGGUUCAAAUCCUAACUUGAGAUCUAUGUGCAUAACUUGUCUCUCAAAUCUCGACAUCAGUGCAUGAAUCACGCAAAAGCCGAGUUGAGUGCAACGUGCAUCUCUAGACAGUUAGGAUUCCACCCAAAGAUCCAUCUUUUUUUGUACUACAGGACAUAUGUCAGUGAUGUGUUGUCAAGGUGACGUAGUCCAAGGUGAUGGAUCACCAGGGUCUUUAGGAACAACCUGGACUUGUCCAAUAAGAAACACUUUUUUUUUUUUGCUUUCCGUUGCAAAACAGAUUGAAAAGGGGCAGGACUACCUGGACUCGUUCAAUAAAAGCAAUUUUCGUUGCAAAACAUUUUAAAACAUUUGUUUCCUAAUGAACAUGACCCAGGGAUUUUUUGAGAGAUCUCUCUGUUGUCUGACCGCUACUCUCAGGACCCUAUCUAUUACCAGUCCAUUCCUGUGGUUUUUUAGUUUUCAUUGGUCAUUUGGUGUGUGAAAACAGCUUAGAAUCAAUUUGAACAACUAUAGUGGGGGUUUUUUUCCCACAAAAAAAUGAUCAACAAUACCUCAUUGUCUCUUAGCAUUAUGGGUUAUUAACUUAAAACACAGCUUUUAGCUUCUCACCAAAGUCAUGUCAUUGUGCUGAAAUAAUUCAACAAAAAGCGUCAUCAUCAUUUGAUCUGGUCUUAUCGUGGAAACUUUGGAUCAAUAGUCCCUCUUUCCCCUAUAGUACAGUAUCACAUCAUUCACAGCUGUUUUGGAGACAAAACCACUACAAUAGCUCAUCAACUGUGUACAUCCUGAAAGGUACUCUACGUACAAAAAAAAAACGUUAAUAUGCAACUUUACAAAAACGUUGAAAUAGAACAUAAAGGUCAUGAGACUAGGUUGUGGUUGAAUAUACAACACUAUCAUUCAAAGCCAUGAGUAUAACAUCCACACAUACAGUAUAUUUGAACUGUGGUUUAUCACACAUUCCUCAUUCAGUGCAGUUUUCCCUGAGAAUGCUGCUUUAAUACAGCCCUAGAACACAGACAAGCACAGCAAGGCAAGAUGGCGGUAUCUUUGAUGUCUGUUUGUCUCUUUCACCUAUCUGCUUGUUUUCUUAGUAUGUAUGUAUGUAGUCUUGUUUGAAAUGCUCAGGAAGAAUUUCUUUACCUCAAAAAAAGAAAUGAAGAAUGUAUGUAGUCUUCAGUCUUAGUGAAGAGAGUAAAAGAGGGGAGGAAGAGCUGACGAGCAAAAGGAGAAAAGACCUCACACAGUCCUGUUGUAUACACACUGCAGCUGUCUGUGCAUAUGCCUCGAGGGAGAAACUUGAAAAUGAUACAAAGAGUAACAUUGAAUGUAAUUCAGGUAUUUCAAAGGAUAUUUGAUCCCAUAAAAUCCAUGUUUUUAUUAUUAUAUAUGAAUAUAUAAAUACAAAAAAAAUCGUAUCCUUUUAUUUUUAAUGUAGAUGUUUUUGGUGGAAUAAUGUUUGUCUUUAUGAAGUGUUAUGUAGAACACAGAAAAUAUCCCUUUUUUGCUGGACAAACUGUUUACAAAUCAACCCAAGGCAUUGUGAGUUAACAUGUCAUAUUCAUGCAUUACUGUUAAAUACAUAUUUUAUUGUAAUAGAUGCAACUCUUUAUCGAAAUCUAUGAAUAAAAGGUGCACAUUUAUUUCCCAAGCCUGGACACAGACAAGAAGCAGUAAAACCAUUGUCAUAUACAUUUCAUUCUCAUACACAUUUAAGUGUCAUAUACAUUUAAUUCUCAUAUACAUUUAAGUGUCACAUACAUUUCAUUGUCAUAUACAGCAGAAAGAAAAUAGAAAAUGAGCAAGGACCUAAAGAUGAAUCAGCUAUAUGCAGUCGGCAGCUAAUCAUGUCUAACAAUAACCAUAUAUUGUUAAUCAGUAUUAUGCAUUAUGUACAAUACAACACAAUCCUAGAUAUAACAUGACAAUCCAGAGAAAAGCAUACACACAGGGUUGUGUUAUCGCUACUACUCUGUUUAACAACAGCCUGGAAAUAUCUUGUCAUUCAGUUGAGCUGCAGGUACCGAGGUGAGGUCAUGAUUAUUGGACCGUUACCAUGGUAUGCAGACCGGAGGUACACUGGAGGAUGAUGUAAUCGUCUUCUGCUUCUUCUCCUUCUCCUGUCUCUCCCCAUCUCUCUCUUCUCGUUAUCUCUCUUUCUCUGUACCCAAUGCAGUUAUUAUAGAGGUAGGGUCGUCCCUAUAGCCCUAGCUGCUGGCCCCAGUGACCAUGUGGCUGGCCCCCCUCUGCCCUCUCCCUCCUCCAUCCAUCCAUCCCUCCCCUCCUCCUACCCCCUCUUUCCCUCCUCCUUUUGGAGUGGCAUUGCUCUGAUUGAUGUCCGGGAACCUAAUAUCACAACCCUGGCCUCUCUCCAGUCUCCCCUGUACAGCUGGUGGUUUCAGUCAUGCCAUAGAGCCGGGUCAAACACACUGACCCCAGGGUUGAUACACAUUUUGUAAAAGUAGUGCACUAUAAAGGGAAUAGGGUGCCAUUUGGGACACAUCGUAGGUCUAAGAAAUUGAAAAUACAUCUUCAAACUUAGCAGGAGAAAUAAGCCUUAGGGAGCCUCUGAGAGAUGGGUUUAAAUAUGUAAUAAUUUUUGUGUAAUAACAUUAAGAUACAUAAUUUAUAAGGAUCAUUAGAGGCAGUUAUAAUUUGUUUUCAGAUAGAGGUGUUACAUAUCAGGCAGGGGCUGGGGCUUGAGGCAAAUUGUCGUAGUUUAUGACAGAAGUCAUGGGAGUUUAAUUCAUGAAAGGCAGCCGAUAUCAAUACUAUCAUUAGUUAAUUUGAUGAAUUAAAAAUCUUUUCGCUAUUUCCCAGAGCUCAGAUUCACAAAAUCGUCCGUGUUUGUCAAACAUGUAGAUUUCAGAAAAACAAUCAUUUUGUUCAUUCGUCUGUCAGUUGUUUUUCGUUUUUCAUUAAUGCAUUACCUCACUCUACAUAUGUUACUGCUUCAUGUGUUAAUCAGAGAUAAGGAGUGGGAAUAGGUCUUAUCAUUAGAGUUUGACUCACACAUGUCCUUGAUAUCAUGUUGACAACACACCUUUGUUUAACCAGUGUGUCUUCUUGAAGCCAAUGAGGAAACAAAAAAAAACACAACAGUUUGUUCAACAAAAUAGGCUUUUGUUAGCUGUUUUGAAUCUAAUAUUACAGUAACUUUGUUCUUGCUUCUUGUAUAUCUUCUGUAACCAUUUCUACCUCAUUUGGCAACAUGUUGUACAUGAAAGUAUUCAUUUCAUGUCUUUUUUUAUGUCUGUUUUCAAACUGAUAAUAAUGUUCUUGAACUGUAAUCAUGGUCUACCUCAGAAAAGACUGUAUUUUAAGAGAAGAUUAUUACACAAUAUUAAACAGAAAUAUGUCAAUAUUG